UCUCAGAGGUGCAGAGGUGGCGGUGGCUAUGAGGCAGAAGCACUACCUUGAGGCUGCGGCGCGGAAACUACAAGAUAGCUGCCCGGGCCAGGCCCGCUAUCUCCUCUGGGCCUACAGUUCGUCACACGAUGAUAAAAGCACUUUUGAAGGAACAUGUCCAUACUGUUUCCAGUUGCUGGUUCAGGAUAAGUCUCGAGUACGUCUCAAACCCAAACCCAAACUGACACCCAAAAUACAGAAACUUCUUAAUCGAGAAGCAAGAAAUUAUACACUCAGUUUUAAAGAAGCAAAAAUUUUGAAAAAGUACAAAGACUCCACAAGUGUAUUGUUGAUUACUUGUAAAACAUGCAACAGAACAGUUAAACAUCAUGGUAAAAGUAGAAGCUUUCUAUCAACAUUGAAGAGCAAUCCUACCACUCCUGCGAGUAAACUCAGCCUAAAGACCCCAGAGAGAAAGACUCUAAGUUCUGCAAAACUAAAUCAUGAUAUGUCUGGUUCCAAAGCCAAGAGCCCAGCAUUGAUUUUCAGAACAGCUAAAUCUGGACAGUCAACACCCAUUUGCUCCUCAAAGAAUGUGAGCAAAACAAAGAAACACUUCUCUCAACUAAAAAUGUUGCUUAGUCAGAGUGACUCUGAAAAGAAUCCAAAGGUGGACUUCAGAAAUUUCUUGUCUUCUUUGUAAAGGAUGGACUAUGAAAUUAAGAAAUGUUUAAUGUAAUUUCUGAAAGUAAAGUUAGUCAGAAAACCUGCUUUUUAAAGAAUUUAUUCUUAAAAUACAUGGAAACUAGGGUUCAAGAGCAAA